GAUCCCUUUCUCGAAACGCCAGUAAUCGUGUCUAGCCUUGCCACGAACCACAACGAACGGUGGUGUCUCCUGUCCACGCGUGCACGUACUACACAAAAAAGCUUCGCGCUAUUUCACCUGCCUGCUGUAGAUUCUCCUUUCAGAAGGCUUGACAGUUUUCGUGCGUGUCGUAGCGAAGGAAGAACGGCCGAAGGCAGCCUGGGUCUGUUGUGGGAUCGAGGGGAAACCGAGCCAGCGGCCAAAAGAGGCGUUCAUGUGUUACGGGGCACGGCAAAAUGAAGCUCACGUCAAAGUGUCUCGGGAACAUCAGCAAGAUGCUGGACUUUUACUCGCAGUUCAACCCCUCGCCGCUUUCGAUAAAACAGUUCAUCGAUUUCGGACUAAGUGCUUGCGAAAGGAAGUCUUUUAUAUUCUUAAGGAAGGAGCUGCCAGUCCGGCUGGCCAAUAUUAUGAAGGAGAUCCACCUGCUACCGGACAACUUACUGAGAAUGCCUAGUGUGGGUAUAGUUAAUAAUUUAUACGCCACUUCGUUCGAGGAUAUCGUGCUCUUCGAGAAGGUUGAAGUCAACGAGACCACUUUAGACAAAUUCUGCCAAGCGUUGGUCAAAAUCCGGAACAGACACAAGGAUAUCGUGGAAACGAUGGCGCAAGGGGUCCUGGAACUGAAGGAAUCUCACGACGUGGACUCUCAAACGGAGAACAACAUUCAGUAUUUCUUGGACAGGUUCCUCAUGUCGCGAAUUUCCAUUCGAAUGCUGAUCAAUCAACACACCCUGCUGUUUGGCAGCGAACUAAACGAGCACAGCAGACACGUGGGAUCCAUAGACCCAUCGUGUGACGUUGUCAGCGUCGUGAAGGACGCUUACGAGAAAGCAAGGUUGUUGUGCGAUCAAUAUUAUUUGGCUAGCCCGGAACUGAUAGUCAAACAGCAUAACGAGCUCGAACGAUGUAGCCACAUUAGGAUAGUUUACGUGCCGAGCCAUUUGUUCCACAUGUUGUUCGAACUGUUCAAGAACAGUAUGCGAGCGGUUAUGGAACACCAUGGCACAGAGUCGGACUAUCCGCCAAUAGAGGUCAUCGUGUCACGCGGUAAAGAAGACAUCUGCGUGAAGAUGACCGACCGAGGUGGUGGCAUUCCGCGUUCCCAAAUGGACCAGUUGUUUAAAUACAUGUACAGUACAGCGCCUCGGCCAAGCAUAAGCGACGCCCACAACGUUCCACUAGCUGGAUACGGUUACGGUCUUCCAGUGUCUCGAUUGUACGCCAGAUACUUCCACGGUGACCUCGUUCUUCAAAGCUGCGACGGUUAUGGCACGGACGCCAUUGUGUAUCUCAAGGCUCUGUCGAACGAGGCCAACGAGCUGUUGCCAAUCUUCAACAAGACUUCGUCCAAGUUCUAUCGCACCCAAGUGUCCACUACUGAUUGGAGCAGCCAUUGCGGGGGUGGAAUGGCGACGAGGCAGUUGCGCAUGAGCAACGAGCAGAGGCACAAGCUUCCGCGAGGAAUCGAGGCUAGGAAUUGCUAGUGAUAUCUGAUCUCUACCGGCCAAAGAAUAGGGAUGUGGUUCGGAAAGAGUCUCGGGCGACUAUUGGGUCGCAAAGCCUAACGAAAUAGGAGCCGAUCAGCGAUCGGGACCUCCGUAAUCGAGUUCGCAUUUUUCUCACGAGAGAAUCGUAGACGACUGGUCGCGAUGGCGGUACAACUCUACAUAUCACAUGGUAAUCGGUAAUCCGAAAUUUAACCUAACUUUGGGUCGCCCUGUAUUCUUCGUUGCUCUGUUCGUCGCCGCUAUUGUCGACGCAACAGCGAAAGUCUUGAAACGUCGGUGCAUCCAGGACAUGUUAUGGUGCCCCAGAAAAUAUUACGCAUUUCAGAACUUCAGAUUUAUCGACUAUUACAAAACGUUUUAUCAGAAAUUACGAAUGGGUCAUUUUGAGCGGGUUUGGUAAUUCUAGUGUUAAAUCGGCGUUUCAGUUGAUCGAUCGUAAAAGGCAUUUCCUUCGCGUUCGAAGGUUUUAGCGAGAAUUGUUUGUAGAACGAAUUGCACACGAAAUGCGAACUGUGAUUUAACGCGCGAAUUUAGUUGACUAGCUAGGGAAAUUGUAACGAUGUAAAGAGACGACAAUUUAUGGAUUACUUACGCGCGAGAGCUACAGAAACGACGAAGCAAGAUCCAAGGACAAGAUUGGCCGAGCAGUGAACAAUAUCAAUUAUUGGUAACACUUUUCGCCCGCUCCUUGGAGAACACUGUAUAUAUGUACCGUGAACGGACAGACUCUCGAACGAGCACUCCCUCCACCUCCCUCUAACCCCCUACAGUUUGUAAUGAAAUUUUUAUAAGACUAAACCGAACGAAAAAAACAUUUCUACGCGAUUAAUUCUUUUACACACAGACACACACGUGAACAAACCGAUAUACUUUCGUACGAAUUCAUUUGUAUUCUGAGGCACUUACGGUGCAGUUGGCAGGAGAACAGCGUCGUGAAUCGACGUUACAAAGUCUGAAAGCGGAGGUGACGUUGCUGUUUUCUCCGCGUGUUUGCAACCGGGAAUAGAAACUAUGCAAAACUCGCGUACCUGCCUUGGAACGAUGAGUUAUUUUUUUAAGUCUCUAACCUUAAGUAGGAUAUCGAGGAAGAAAAGGGAAUAAUAAGCGCCAUCUGCGCGAAGAUUCAGUUAGUUCGGACACGAGCACGAUUACCAAUGGAAAAGACGAGAAGAAGAAUAAAUUGGAAUGGCUGGUCUCUGUACGGCGAUUUGGGCAAAUCUGAUUCGCGAAUAACUAAUACAAAUUUUCGAUCGAUUCGUAAGCUACACCUCUGUGCUAUUUGUUCGUAAACUCGUUUGUAAAUUAAAUGUAUUAAGGAAUCGUUUGAAGCCAAUAUUCAAGUCAGCAAAGUCGCGAGCAAAUGUUGAGGUUAGGAGGGAAACUGAUAUUUGUAUUCGUUGUUCGAGAAUAAUAUUUGUUCGAUCCUGACGCCAUGUUGGAGACGGUUCUGUACAAAAUUCGUUUCAACAAUUUCUGUACGUUCCCCCGUGUAUAUAAUCUUAGAUAUUUAGAAUAAUCGGAGCACUAUCUGUAUAGGCGAUAAUUUCUAGCUGUAAUUACAGACUGUAGAGAUAUUCGUGUGCAUAGCACCAGCGAACUCUUAUAAGAUAAUUGUUAAUAAAUAUAUUACA